CUGGCCCCCGGCUAUGGCCCGCCGUCCCAACCAGCCUGAGCCGCAGCCCCCGGAGUGUCCUGUCUGCUACAGCCCCUACAACAGCGUCUUCCAGAGGCCCCUGCUCCUCCCGUGUGCUCACACCGUCUGCCUGGAGUGCCUGGCGCGGAUCUGCCUCUUCGUGAGACCAGCCCAGGCCUUCCCCUGCCCGCUCUGCAGAGCCCCGGUGCCCGUCCCCGACGGGGGGGUCCCCAAGCUCCCGCCCAACACGGACAUCGUGGCCCAGCUCCCCCCGUGGCAGCAGCCCCUGCAGGAGGUCUGGCUAGACGGACACAGGCUGUGCUGGGCCAGGCGGCCGCCCUCGCCCAGGCCAGCGAGCGUCGGAGAAGACGCCCCCGAGACGCUGGUUACAGUGGAGCUGUUACACAACCCGGCGGCCCGGGACGCCAGCGGAGGGGGCCUGAUCGGUACCUACCAGCCGCCCUGCCUGGCCCUGUGCAGGGGGCUGUGCCGGCUGGUGUGGGAGCGGCGCCUGGCCGUGCUCUGGGGCGCUGUCCUGCUGCUGGCGUUGAUCGUUCUUCCCAUCGUCUUCAUCCCAGGCUCCCGCAUGGCCCGGGCUCCAAAGGGACAGCGCCCGGCGGGGGCCCUGCCGACAGCUGCUGCCCCGAGCAGCAAUCUGAGCAGUGCCCAGCGCUUCUAGCCGCCUGCUGGCCUCUCACAGGGACACCGGACGCCUGCUGCUUCCCUCCUGCCCGGUGAGGCGUGCAGCCGGCCGGAGGGCGGGCUUGGUGAGGGGCUCUGCCAAGGGCCUGGCCCAGCUGCUGGCUUGUGCCGAAGGGCUCUGCUCGUGCCCAGCGUGGGAAGGUUUCUGAGGAGCGAAUUCAGGCCCCACGUUGAUCCGGGGGAGGCUGAUGAAGCUGGGGAGCGGCACGUACACGCAGGCCGAGUUCGGUUCCAAACAUUCCUGUGCGGGGCCGACUGCAGCCGCUUGGCCUGCUGCACCAGCCCGGGCUGACAGCAGGGGCCGAGUCCAGCCCCGGGCUCAGAGUGGGCUUGGUGAUCGGGCUGGGCCGGGCAGGGAUGCAGCCGGGCGCACAGCAAGGUCUCAUGCUCACCCGCGGCACAGAGCGAGAUGUCACCCACCACUCCCGGAGCCCGCCAGGGCGGCAUGGCCAGAAGCUGCAACCACCUGCCCGCCAAGGGGGGAGAGUGCAGCCUGGGGGGGAACAAGGCCAACGUCUCCUCCCUCCAAACUGAGCCGGACAGCUCCUAUUUGACAGGGACAGCCAGCCCAAGCUAGACUGGGGGAGGGGAAUCAUUUUGGUGGGGGCCACUCCCAGGCUGUGUCUACACUGGCGGGUUCUUGCGCAAGAC